AAAUCUGGUGCAAUGUUAUAAUAUGGUGUGGGACGUGAAGACGAAGCAGAUGUCAAGCUCAGUGCAGAAAGUUGAGUUGAUUAGUGUGGAUAAGAAAUCUCCAGGGAUGAAAGACCCUUUUGAAAUGCUGAAAUGUGAUGAAGCCCUUACACCUUCUCCAGAAUGCGCAUCCUGUGAAGUUAGCAUGGACUAUGAUGAUCUUCCAGAACUUCAGGAAGUACAUACUGACCUGACAACAACGCAAGCAGUCUUCCAUCUCCCAAAAGGAGUUUCCCAUCAAGAAUAUUCAAUGCCUUCUCAAACAGUACAUACCUCAGAUUCAUUAGACAGUGCCUCAUCUGACAGUGGAGUAGACUGGCUUACAGAACUGGCAAAUAUAGCCACUAGCCCACAAAGUCCACUUAUGCAAUGUACAUUUCAUGGAAGGGUGUCUCCUGUAAGCGUGCUAGCUACAAGCAAGAGUUUACAUUCCUAUGCACGUCCUCCCCCAUCAUCUUCAAAAAAUAUGCCUGACUUUACCAAGAUUCAUUGGAAAGAAGAUGCUGCAGUAAGGCAUGAAAUGGUGAGCAGUGAUGAAGAGGCUACUAAAAUGGAAAAGGCGUGUAGUUCAGCCGAAUCAGGUAUUUUCUGCACAUCUUUAUUUUCUGAUGAUGAUGAUCUUGGAUGGUGUCACACCUGGCCUUCUACUGUUUGGCACUGCUUUAUAAAAGGCACACGAGUUCGCUUCCAUAGUGGAUUUAAUAAAGAGUGGCAGCAUGUAGAAGAGAUAGCUAAUCCAGAGGAUGACUUUGAUGAUGAUAACUUUAAGGGGUAUGGGUCCGAUGGUCUGAAGUUGGUCUCUCAUGAAGAAAUUGUUUCAUAUGGACAGUCAGUGCUGAAAUUGACUUUUGAUCCUGGCACAUCAGAAUGCAGCUGGCUUACAGCGGAAUGCCACUUAGAUCAUCCCUUUUAUGUAAGAGAUAAAGGGUGGUCUUCUUUUUAUCCCAGUUUAACAGUAGUCCAACAUGGAAUUCCUUGUCGGGAAAUUAAAGUUGGUGAUAUUUGCCUACCUCCAGGACACCCAGAUGCCAUUAACUUUGAUGAUUCAGGGGUUUUUGAUAAGUUCAAGAGUUAUGAUUUCACACCAAUGGACUUUUCAGCAGUGUAUGUACUUAGCUCUAUGGCCCGUCAACGACGUGCUUCUUUAUCUGGAUCGAAUAGUAACAGUCCAGACUGUGACCCAUCAGAAGAUAGAAAAGAAUUUAUGCCUUCAGGAUCAUCACACCUUCCUUACAAUUCUUUAUGUAGUAAAUCUGUUAAAAGCAAUUCAGGGACUGCUAGUACUGUGAAUACAUCAUCAAACAAGUGCAAAAGACCAAUGAAUGCCUUUAUGCUGUUUGCCAAAAAGUAUAGAGUCGAGUAUACUCAGAUGUACCCUGGGAAAGAUAACAGAGCCAUAAGUGUAAUUCUUGGUGAUCGGUGGAAGAAAAUGAAAAACGAAGAAAGGCGGAUGUAUAUUUUGGAAGCCAAGGCAUUAGCAGAGGAACAAAAACGUCUGAAUCCAGACUGCUGGAAAAGGAAAAGAUCCAACUCUGGUUCCCAGCAACACUGAAUUAUAAGAACAGUUAACUUGAUUUGGAAUUUUGAAUCUGAGGUAAAAGAAACUGGAUGAGGGGAAAGAAGAACAGAUGACUUGGUCAUCCUUCGCCAUAUUAUUUUUGAGUUUGUGUUAUAGUAAAACAGCUUAGCUUACUCAGCUAUAAAAUGUAGUUCAAACAGGACUGAAGUUUUUUUUUUUUUUUUUUUUAGCUAGAGCAGUUACUCUUAAAUGUACUAGAAAUGUGAUGAUGCAUUUUAAACCAAAUUGCCUUAUCAUUCUUCCAGACUUCAGUUUUCAUUCAGGUAAUCUAGGCUUGAAAAUCCAUACCCUGUGGUGCUAUGGUAGGGGACAACUGUAUAAAUGAUAUGUUAAAAUGUAUAAAGGGGAUUUUUAAAUAUAUAACUGCUGUUUAUAUCUUGAUUCUUAUUGCUCAGCCUGUAUUGCACAUACUUUGUAAUUAAUGUCUGACAGGCGGAAAGUAAUAAUGUACUAUAUAGCAAGAAUUUACCCAUUUUAUUUUGGGAGGAGUCUAAAUUGCCAUAUAAAACAUUAUAUUUUAUUUAAUUUUGACAUACAAUGUAAAAAAUUGUCGGGGGCACACUGUGCACUCAAUGCAAGUGUAACACUUCAGCACUUUACUUUUCCUUAAAACAACUAUUAAAGUCAGAGCAGAAUUAUCAUCAAUGUGGCUUUAAUGUGAACUGCUUCAAUCAUUUCUUAAGUUACCAGAUGGUGUUUAGCUCCAAAGUCAGUUGUACAUUUUAAAUGUAUGAUUUCUGUCUGUACCUUUUGUUACCCCUUAAACUUUGCACAUGAUAUUCUUGUGUAUUAUUUUAAAUAAAAAUUUUAGACUGCCGUUA